AUGGCGAUCCCAUGCGGUCUUGCCAACAGCAACAGCCAUAACGAACUCUUCCGUUGGCCAACAGCGGAUCCUCUGGGAGAAAAAUACUGUUACACAACCGUUGAGCAUCUCAGUCGUGCUUUAGAAUUGCCUGACGACUCGACCCCUCGGGACCGGGAGAUCCAGACCAGUUAUCAGAACAACAUCUUAACCGUUCACUCGAAGCUCGCAAUGAUUUUUGCCUCAUCCUUGAGUACCCUUGACCCGGGAGCCAUCACUGCUAUCAACAAAUUACUCACCCAAGCGGUCGAAUUCGUCCUCGUGUCUGUUGAGCGUUGUCGAGUACGCCUCUUCCUGCCUAGCCUCCUCGGCAAACACAUGCCACUCGGCCCUGGCGCCAUCAAGGACAUGAAUCCGAGCAGUGAAGGGUAA